UUCUCCCUCUAGUUCGAACAAGUAUUUUCUAUGGUUUGUAAACAUUAUAAUCUCACCUCUGCGUGGCUCUGUAUUCCCCUGUGCGGACGUAGAAAGCCCGAUUGUAUACGUAUACAGGGAACACGCGGUUAACAGCAGAGACGAAGAACUCCGUAUCUUGGAGGCAACAGUCGUAUGCAUUGCCGAGAGAGCAUUGCCAGCUAUCAGUAUUAGUUCGGCCGUCCUCAUGCGCGGACCACGAGGCGUUCCACGCUACUACAUUGUUACGACGAUUUCAUUAAAGAGAAACGAACCUCUGUGUUUACACUCAUAACAACCGUGUUCGCCGAAAGUUUUUCCGUGUAUUUCGUUCGAAACGGAGUAACGACGUUAGUGAAUUUAAUGCGGAGAAAGACCGACAACCAAUCUCUCGAAAAAGAGUAACUCUCGAAUGAGAUUUUCCUAAAAAUAUCGCACGAAGUCUCAUCGCGCGGCGCGCCGUAACAAGUAUUGGGGGAAUCGAGUACCGAGGAAUGGAUCGAUAAAAUAACAACGAAUUAACGUCUGGUAUCGUCGCGACUUUUGUGUCGGUUUAUUAUUUUUUUUUUUUUUUUUUUUUUUUUUUUUUUAGGUAAACGGGGAAAAAGGUAUUCACGAUGAAAUUAUUCGCUCUGUGAUUGUUAGUGUUACGUAAAGGGAACAAUGUAUGGACUGUGCGACGUAAAGAUAAAUAACUGAAUUAAAUUAGUUUCACUCGCCGUAACUCUUCCGGGCGCAGCUGCUGUAAUCCAUUCGAACUAAGUCAUUUGCGAAGCCGUAUCGAGGAACGACUCGUUUCUUUCUUUUUUUAUCAUUCUUUGUUUGUCGACAAACAGCGGCAUGCGUUUCUUUUUUUGUAUUUUCUUUCAUAAUGGAAGGUAAACAUUCAAGUUUGUAAGACAUUGGUAACGAAAACCGGAGAUCGGGAAAAUUUCAUUCGAAUAAUUAAUUACGCAUAUUUUAAGACUUUUAUUCGAUCAAACAAUUUCAUUUAGUUCAAAAUAUUUCAUUGCGGGCUCCAAAUUCGAUAUUUGAUUCAACGGAUAGUAAAAUAAAUUUUCAUCGUUUAUUUCUUAUUCGAGAUUUUUAUCUAAAUAAGAAUUUUAUUUGACUACUUUAUUCAAAUAAUAAUUUGCAAAUAAAACGAACCUAUACAAUGGAGUAUUUUAUUCUACAGUCCAACUUCUAAAUUUGAAUAAUGAAUCAACGUAUAGCGUAUAAAAAGUUGUUUAUCGUUUCCUUGUUAUCCGAAAGUUUUAUCUAGGUAAGAAAUUUGCCCACCUUCAAAGGAAACAGUUUGUUUCGACCCGUCAUCAAGAACGGACGGAAAUCGAACGCGUGCACGUGGUUACAAAGUAAUUGGGAGAUUUCGGUUCACAUUUUGAGAAAUCUUAUCUCGACCAUAUUUCAAUGAUAAAAGACGGAUAAGUCAUUGUAUAUUGAAGAUUAGUGGCAUCGUGCGUUUCUUGAAAUUCCGUGAAAUGUGUCGUUUCCUCGCAUCUAUGUUGGCGACGAGAUUUCGCAGGACGUCGAAAAGUCGCUCCACCGGACUCGAUCUUAAAUAAGGACGAACAAUCGAUUCCGUACAUCUCUGCAACGGUAAUCAAUCCGUUGGAACCCGAGGGAACGCGAAGUUGUCUGAAAGUAUAAGUUGAUUGGAAGGAUACCGUUUAACGAUUCCGAAACAAUUGUAGUUGUUGGGUACUCACGAGAAAGUCAAGAGAUUUUGUAACGACUAUGAAAUAUCAGAAUCUAUUGCUUUCGACGAUUACGUUUGAAACAAGUGUUUGUGUGAAGAUUUUGUAAGAGGCAGCAACGGUCGAUCGAAGAAUACCGAUGAAAAAAAAAUCUGGUAAAUUCGAGUGAUUUCAAUGGCGUGAAAUUCAUCGCGGUAGGAUAACUUCAGUUUUAUCAAGCAACGUGAGACUGAAUGUUGACAUUGUGAUUCUCGAACGUGACGCCUGGUAGAACGUGAGUGUUUUGACACGUGAGAAGAUCGUUUUGAUGGUUUUGUGGACCUUUUGAUUAUCGUGGUCUUUCUCAGAAUUGGAGGAACAGUUCUCGCGCGUCAUGAAUACACCGCAAGCGCCGAAACUGUACCGUUCGCCGUAUGGGUGCCUGGGUUGACGAUCGUUUCGCGGAGGAGGAGGCGGUUCCGAUUGACCAGGGCCUGAGAAGAAGGAAGACUUCGUGCAUCCUGGGCCACGUUUGCGAUGGUGGCGGUCCAGGUGCGAUUUAUCAGCCUUCAAAGAACUUUAAAUCGUCCACGUCCUCAGCAUCGCUGUUGCCGUUACGCCGUCAAUUCACCAGACAGCUGUACGAGUGGCCGUGCUUACCGUUGUUCAAGUCAAGGACGAAACUAGACCGGUUCCGGAUCGGUCCGUACGUCGUGGUUAUUCGUGCGUUGUAACUUUUUUGUAGCGGUGCGCGCGUGUAUCGAGUGCUGCGGGAAAUACAGAAGAGAGAAAACAGAGCAUAAAGAGAAGAAAAACGAAAAACAACGAAUAUUCUCGUUCGUGUCAGAGAGAGAGAGAGAGGGGGGGGGGUAACCGAAAGACGAGUUUCUUUGUUGAUCAAGAGUAAACGAACGGAAUCAUUUCGAGUAGAAAAUAAAAGAUCAAGAAGAAGAAAUAGAAGAAGUGGAGUUCCAUGUCGUCGUGUUGGCUUUUGUAUGACCGCGCCUAAACAUCAGGGCCCUCCUUAUAUCACUUGGUAUCACCAUCAUGGCCGAGUGGGCCAGGUUCAACGGUGAGGAGAAGCUGACCCAAUCGAAUGACACGAUAAAAACGGGGAUCACCAGAAGUGUCGAUCACAACGACGCAGCGUUGCGUGCCGAUUUGAAGAAUGGCGAGAUUGCGACGAGAAACGGCGACGAGGAAUUUCUGAUUGAGAGGAGACGCUCCACGGGGCACAAAACUCCGCAGGAGAUGCCGCGUAGAACGGAAUCGCGGAAAGGCGACGAGGCAACCUCGGUGGAAUUGAAUUUCGCCAAGGACGCUCAGCGGCACAGGAAGAAAUCCGAUCAGAUCGGGAUCCUCGUCGAGGAACAAUUGAAGACGUUGAACGAUCAGAGUUACGAGAACGACGUGGUCAGCGAGAAGUCGGAGGACGAGGAGGAGCAGAAUUGUUUAGAGAAAACGUACAACAGUUACGAUGUGCCUGGCUCGAGGAUACGCCAAGAAGCGAGACAAGAACUGAAGGAAUACUCGCAGAACUCCGUGAAAAAAUCGGACAGCCUGUACAAGGAGGAUGGUUCCAGUCCGCAGAAACGCAAGAACGUUCUCACGGAUAGGAACUCGAUCUUCGAUUCGCCUACGAGGAUUUUGUCGUCGAAGAAUCGCUCGUCAUCCGAGAACAGCACCGAGAAGCUCGUUAACGGGAAAUCGCUGAGGGAAGACAAGCAACAGCAUCACGUGAAAUUCAAUAAAGAUUCGAAGAAGCAAUACUCCCGCGAGGAUAGAUCGCAGCCAAGCCCUUCGAUUCCCACCUCGGCUACCAGCAGCUCCGAGGAUAAUACUAGUUUAGGGCAACUCUGCGAAGCGACGCCACCCGACGGAGGCUGGGGCUGGGUGGUGGUCGCAGCCUCUUUUAUGGUUAACCUUAUCGCGGACGGUAUCACGUUCUCUUUCGGCGUGAUCUUCGUCGAGUUUUUAAACUACUUCGGCGAGGGGAAGUCCAAGACCGCUUGGAUCGGCAGCCUGUUCAUGGCGAUGCCGUUGCUAUCGGGCCCGGUGGCUAGCUUCAUGACGGAUAGGUACGGUUGCCGAAGAGUCACUAUAGCGGGCAGUAUUCUAGCCACCACGGGCUUCGUGAUAAGUUCUUACGCCAACUCGAUGGAAGUUUUGAUAUUCACUUUUGGCAUUCUCGCUGGUUUCGGUUUGUCCCUAUGCUUCGUGGCGGCCGUUGUCAUCGUUGCUUACUACUUCGACAAGAAGAGGUCCUUUGCAACAGGCUUGUCCGUGUGCGGUAGCGGCAUCGGGACGUUCAUUUUCGCACCUGUCACGCAAUACCUGCUCGCCGAGUACGGUUGGCGAGGAACGACCCUAAUUUUGGCUGGUUUGUUCUUGAACCUAGCCGUGUGCGGGUGUCUGAUGAGAGACCUCGAAUGGACCACUACGAGAGCGAAAGCGAAAACCGAGGAGAGGAGGAAAAUUCGCGAGAAAAAGAGAACCAGGGUACAAAGUUCCAGCGUCGAUUCGAUAUCCGCCAACAGUUCGCUGAACACUCUAGCGAUAAUGGAGAAUCUUCGCCUUCAAGAGGAGGAAGACGGAGAAAAAUUGUUCUCCAGUCUGGUGAGCCUGCCAACUUUUGUUAAAAACGGGGAGAAGGUUCCCCUGGAGGUGCUGGAAUUAUUGAGUACACGGAAAAACGUAUACAACGUCUUGCUGCAAAAUUAUCCGAGCCUUCUAAUAUCGUCGAGAAGCUUCAGCGAUUCCGGGGCACUUCACGAGCAGCUUAGCACACCGUCGGCGAGGUUCGUGCCCACGCCUAGCUCAUUGUCGGAACUGAAGGAUGGUGAGAACAAGGACAAGGUCUCGCCGAACGACGAUCAGACCCUUCAGCAGCAAGCGGACGCCGCGUGGCGUUUGUGGUGGUUGAAAAAGAUCAAUCUCGAUACCACUCUGAGAAGGUCCAGCACCCUCGAGCACACGAGAAGGCUACCCACUGCUUAUCUGAAGGACAUUAGAAUGCAUAGGCACAGUCUUACCUACCGAGGUGCCAUGUUGAAUAUACACCGAUACCGGCUAAGGGCCUCCAGUUGUCCUGAUAUUUAUAGAAAUUCGAUGACCACUAUCGCGAAGACAAAACUCGUUUGGUACGCCGGUCUCUGGGAGUUCUGGGACCUCGUCGUCGAUAUGCUCGACUUCUCGCACUUCGCCGACUCGCGUUUCUUGCUAUUCGCCAUCAGCAAUUUUCUCUUGCACACGUGGUACGACGUACCUUACGUCUACCUCACGGACAACGCUAUCGAGAUGGGGUUUAGCCAGACCGAUGCCUCCAUCCUGAUAUCGGUGAUCGGGAUCUCCAAUAUGGGCGGCGAGAUUCUACUUGGCUGGGCAGGUGACAGAGCAUGGGUGAACGCAUCCGUUGUGUACGCAGUUUGUAUGGCUUUUUGCGGUGCGGUUACAGCUUUAAUACCUAUGGUGGUCAGCAGUUAUUACACUUUGUGCGCGAUAUCUGGUGCUUUUGGAUUAUUCAUUGGAGCCAACUACAGUCUCACCAGCAUCAUCCUCGUCGAUUUAAUCACUUUGGAUAGGUUCACGAACGCGUACGGACUGCUGCUUUUGGUUCAGGGUGUUGCCAAUCUCAUGGGCCCCCCGUUAGCUGGUUGGCUGUACGAUAUCACGGGGACGUACGAUUUGUCGUUUUACUUGGCCGGUUUGUUCAUUGCGUUAAGCGGAGUGCUGCUGCUGGCGAUGCCUUUAAUUAAUCUAUACCGAAGAUGCGUGAACGGAUCGAAGAAAGAAGAGACCGAUAAUGAUUUUUCAAACGUGAACAGCGUUUAAAUUAGCCGAGGCUUGCCGAUCCUUUCAAGGGAGGAAAAAUGUCGCCGACACGCCCGAUUGUGUAUUAUUCAACGGAAUUUAUGGAAAUAAUAUUUCCACCCAAGGAAUUGCAAUUCACCGAUGUAUAAUUAAUUUUUCGAAUUAUCGCAACGGCACCCUUUUUCCUCGAGUCGCUCCGAAACAAUUACGUGUUUUUACAUUUAAUUAAACGUUCCUGAUUCCUUCUUAGAGUAGGAGAGUAUGUACACGUGCGGGAUAACAAAGGGAUUCGACACGUGAAGUAACUGACCAACAAAAAAAACGCAAUGUCUUUGUACAUCCUUAAUCUUAUCGUUAAAGGGUAUUUUUAUUUCGAAAUGUGAAUCUUAAGAUUUUCACAAAAAUUGGUAAAAAGAAACAACUACUACCGUUUAUAAUGUAGACGCGAGUAUCAGUUGUUAACAAUGAUAUCAACCGCGAUGAAAAAUCUCAUUGCAACCGACCCAUGAAAAAAAACUUAUGCUUGCGCGUAAAUUCAGCAAAGUCACUACCAUAUCGUAUUACGUUUAAUCGAUGGUCAUACUAUAACGUUAAACAAGACUUUUAACAAGAAUCGGUUAAUAUUACCAAAUUUUCAAACACAAUACAGAGAUUUGCGAUUAGUUAUUAUUAGAAUAUAAUGUACAAAUUAAGACAACACGAUGCUCGAUGAUAGCAAUGGGUCGAACGAUCUACGAAUACAUGGUGAACGACUUUCGUUUAUAUCUUCAAUCAUUAACAAUUGAAAACAGUUUGAAUCUCAGGAUAAUUGUGAACGAUAAAAAUGAUAAGUCGAUGAAUGUUCAGCCAAAGUUUUUUCUUUCCACAUAGAAUAAAUUAUGUUGUUUUGUAUCAUUCUUCGAUAUACUUUUUCUUUUCUUCUUUUUAAUUAAAAAUGUUCCUUUCAGCGUGAAUUUAUUCACUCGGUUAUGCGUACAUCUGACAGGUUAUUUGAAAAUAACGCCAAAGAUAUUACUAUAAUUAUGUGUUAUGUGAGAUAUUUGUUGAGGUACAACUUCAAUUAUGGAUUCGUAAUUGAAUACUUUCAGCCUUCUAAUAAUUUUACUAUUAAUUAAAUCUAAACAACGAGAGUGCGCAUUGUCGUCUUUGUAUUAGUUAAAACGAGCGUUUUUGUAUUAGUUUUGGGUCAAACAAAGACAAAAAGUGAGAUUAAUCGAAUAACGAGCCAACCGUGCUCGAUUAGCUGUUUCAAUAUAGUUUUCCCCCUAUUCUCUUAUAAUUAAUGCGCGUUCGUGCAUGCAACGUUUUACAAAACAUGUAUGUAAAUAGGCGUAUGUGUAUAUAUAAUAUAGCUUUUCUGUGAUGAUGAACCUGGAUUUUACGAACUAUUCUAGCUACAAAUAGAUUAACAUCUCCGUUUACAUAGCGCGUGCGUACGUGCGUGUACGUUUAUUGUAACAGACACAUCUUUAGUUUAUUUGCACCCGCUAUUAUGUUCGUCGUAAGUGGCACGGAGCAAUAUAAUAUAAUAUACUAACAUACAGUAUCAUUGUAAUUGACAUUCUUCCUCGAUCGUCGCAUUUUAUCUAUUAAAACAGUGAUGUUCACAACAUUAUAAAAAGAGAA